AUGAAGAUUCGCCACCUCUGGACUGUCCGGAAGGUCAAGACAGACUUGUAUGCGGAGGUGCUCAGCAGCCUAGAGCCCUCGUGUGCUGUGCUGCUCACGUGGUGCUACCUCAUUGCCUACUUGGAUGCCCAAAAGCAGAGGGAUGUCAUCCACUCCUACAAGGCAAAGUUCCUGGAAGUUUUCAAGACUGCGGUGCUGUUGAGCAAGACUGCCGCACCGACUCAUGUUCUGGAGCAGUCACGCUGUCUUCUGAGGCAUGCGACCCACGAGGACUUCAAGGAGCAGCUGGUACCUGCCCUGCAGAAGGCCAUGCUGCGCAACCCUGAGAUCAUCAUGGAGAGUGUGGCGCAUGUGCUACAGGGAGUCACUCUGGAGCUCAGCCCUUACCUGGGUGAACUUGGAAAAAGCCUGAGCACUGGUGGCAAGGACGAGUCUGUCGCCAGGGGGCAGUGGUGGACUGGGAACCUGGCUCACCAGUGCGGUUCGCAGGAAGCCCUCGAGGCACUGAUCAAGCACCUCGUGGGGGUCCUCAACGGCUCCGAGGGGAAGCUGACCACGACCGAGCAGAGACUAAGCGUUUUGACCGCCAUUGGCGAGGUGAGCUGCCAUGUGGUGACUGGGGCCUCCCACAUUCAACGGCUGAGCGAGAUCGCUCUGCAGCACCUCCUGGCUGUCCUCAAGGCUGAGGUACAUGAAGGCACCUUGCUGCUGACACUCAAGAUGAUGUCCAAGUGGUGCUCACGAUUCACACAGGAACCACCCAGUUUUCUUGUCACCGGCUUCAAGGAGGGCAUGGAGCAGAAGACAGCUACAUCGGCUGUACGCUACGGAUACCUGCAGUGCAUGAUCUCGGCAUUUCACGGUAUGCCAGGCUGCAAGCAAGUGGAGCCAUUCUAGGUUUAGUACUGAAGGCUGUAGAACGAGCCUUGGCGCAGCCGUUGCAACCU